AUGGAUAACAUCCGAAUUAUUUAUCCACUGCAAGCCUGGGAGCGCGAAGCAUUAAUCUACGCGCAUGGUGCAGUUGGAAGAGCCCACCAUAUUGUGAUCGUAAGUUAAUUUUUUCAAGGCCUGUUUCAUGAAACAAAAUCAAUUUUUUUACAGACAUUGGAUGAUCGUUUGAAUCAUCAUCUCCCAUUGAGGGAUCGUCGAUUUAUGUUGCAACUAUCUGGCCUCAUUUUUCGAAAUGCAGCAGCAUUGCAUGGGCAUAUGGUGAGUUUUCGUAUGGAGAAUCAAGAAUAUACAUAAUCUUUUUUUUUUUCCAGUCGCGUUUGUAUGAAACCAUCUCGACUGCCGAACGCGACGAACAUUACCGGGAAAAUUUGGAUGACAUAAUGCGGCACAUCAGAAGAAGUCAUCGAAGUAUGCAAGAGGUAAUUAUUAUUUUUUUGGCUUUAGAAGCCUUCCGAAGGCUUCCGAAGGCUUCCAAAGGCUUCCGAAGGCUUCCGAAGGCUUCCAAAGGCUUCCGAAGGCUUCCGAAGGCUUCCAAAGGCUUCCGAAGGCUUCCCAAGGCUUCCGAAGGCUUCCGAAGGCUUCCGAAAGCUUCCGAAGGCUUUUGAAGGCUUCCGAAGGCUUCCCAAGGCUUCCGAAGGCUUCCUAAGGCUUCCGAAGGCUUCCGAAGGCUUCCAAAGGCUUCCAAAGGCUUCCGAAGGCUUCCGAAGGCUUCCGAAGGCUUCCGAAGGCUUCCGAAGGCUUCCGAAGGCUUCCGAAGGCUUCCGAAGGCUUCCGAAGGUUUUAGAAGGCUUUAGAAAGCUGCAGAAGGCUUCCGCAGGCUUCCGAAGGCUUUAGAGGUCUUCAGAAGUCAAAAAAAUUUGAAUUCAUGAUUACUCUAUUUCAGAAUUGGCGCUACUUCAUGUCAUUGGAUCACUUUAAUUACCCAUACUGAUCGACAAUGCUGUUCCUGUUAUACCUGUUAAUACCUUGUUCAUUUGUUAUUUUUACUUAUUUCACAUGUUUUUCUCUUGAACCUGAUUUAUUCCUGUACCUGAUUUAUUUGUUACCUCUAGGUCCAUUUUUUUUACCUGAUUAAAAAUUUUUAAAUUUUUUUUCGAACUCCUGUACCUGAUUUAUUUGUUACCUCUAGGUCCAUUUUUUUUUACCUGAUUAAAAAUUUUUAAAUUUGUUUGUCUCGAUUUAUUCCUGUAGCUGAUUUAUUUGUUACCUCUAGGUCCAUUUUUUUUUACCUGAUUAAAAAUUUUUAAAUUUGUUUGUCUCGAUUUAUUCCUGUACCUGAUUUAUUUGUUACCUCUAGGUCCAUUUUUUUUUACCUGAUUAAAAAUUUUUAAAUUUGUUUGUCUAAUGUUAAACUCUUUUUAUCGUUAAAUCCAAUAAACUGAUGAGAUUUCAAAAACAAAUUGUUUUUUUUUCUUUUUCAUUAUUUUUCCACAUCGUGAAAAAUUCAUUCAAAAGACCUUCGUGUCAGUUAACUGGGUGAUCUUUUUGCUGAAAACCAAAAGUACAACGCAUAUUUUCCAUGUAUUGUUCAAUACAUAGACCAUACGCGCUCCAACAAACACUACCUGUUUGUUUAUUUGUCUGUGUCUCGUCUUUUCUCACACACUCUCUCACACACAUGCAUGCCACUUUUCUUCUUUUUUGUUUUGUUUGUUUUCCUUUCCUAACCACGCCUUUUUCAAUCAAUAAAUUGGUCUGCAGGUGUGUCUGCGUCUCGUUUUCUCUUUCUCUCUCACACACACACAUGCCACCUUUCUUCUUUUUCUUCUUUUUUGUGUUUGUUUUUCUCUCCUAACCACGCCUUUUCCAAUCAAUAAAUUGGUUUACAGGUGUGUCUGCGUCUCGUUAUUUUUCCUCUCUCUCUCUCGGGGAUAUAGACAAAGUCGACAAAGUUGAUCAGGUAAUUUUUAUGAUAAUUUAGUUUGGCAACACAAUUUUCCCGUUGGUUAAUUGGUAUUUUACAGAAGACAAAAUUUGCGUGGACAGAAAGAAAUCGAGGAUUUUUGAAUUUCAAGAAGAAGAUGAUGGAUUUGGCGUUCGGCGCAGUUGGUUUUGAAGAUGAAGAAGCUCGACGAAGUUUUACAGCUCGAACUUGA